CAGCAGACCACCAUAAACCAUGGAGAGAUAAGGUCAUAGCUGGUCAAUGAUUUACAGACUUUGGCCGUUUAGUCUGUUCAACUGACAGCAUGCAGCAGAACUUCAAGAUGCUUCCUCAGAGGAAUGGACUGUCCCUUCAGUCUCCGCUCAGACCCCUCAGUGUGUUGAUUUUCCAUCUUCUCCUGACACACUCUUGUAGAGGUCAGUCUCAGUUAAUCGGUUCAUCUCAGCCAAUAGUGGCAACAGUUGGUGAUGACAUCAUCUUGCCAUGUCACCUGGAACCUGCAGUGGACGUUGCUGCCAUGACGUUGGAUUGGACGAGAUCUGACCUGGAUUCUAUAUUUGUCCUUGUGUGGCGUGCUGGUCAGGACUAUUCAUAUAGUAAAGAUCCAUCCUACAAAGGAAGAACAUCUCUGUUCACUGAUGAACUGAAGAGAGGAAACAUUUCACUGAAGCUCUCUGAUGUGAGACUUUCUGAUGCAGGAAGAUACAGAUGCUUCAUUCCGAAACUGAAUAUAGAGUCUGUCGUUGAGCUUGUUGUUGGUGCUGCGUCCUCACCUGUCAUCAGUUUAGCAGGGAUCGACAGAGACAAGGGGGGAGUGGUGUUACAGUGUGAGUCUGCAGGCUGGCAUCCAGAGCCUGAGGUGUUGUGGCUGGACGGUGAGGGAAAGCUCCUCUCUGCUGGACCUACAGAGACAGUCAGAGGUCCUGAUGACCUCUAUACUGUCAGCAGCAGAGUGACUGUGGAGAAGAGACACAGCAACAGCUUCACCUGUAGAGUCCAACAGAGGAACAUCAACCAGACCACAGAGACACACAUCUCUAUGUCAGAUGAUUUCUUUAAGGUCCAGUCCAGUCCUUCUUCCACCAUCACUGGUUUGGCUGUUAGUUUGGCUGUUUGCAUCCUGUUCAUUCUGUUACUUGUCUUUUUUGUGUGUAAACGGAGGAACAACAGAACCAAGACCAAGAGAAGCCCCUCAGAUGAACGUGACACAGGACGAAGGGAGAAUCCCUCUGGAGAAGAAAUGGAGUCUUUGGAGGGAGAAGAGGAAAAGAUCAAUCCUGCAACCGACUCUGCAUGGUUUGAGGGAAACCAGGCUGAAACCAUCAAACAGCUCCAGGUGCAGACACAGUUAAAGUACAGAGCUCAGAGUGAAGUGAAGACCCUGAAGAAUCAGCUGGAGACCAAAAUAAGAGAGCUGGAGACGUCUCAGAACAAGGAGGCUGUGACCAAACGUCUGCUGGAUACAAAGACCUCUGAGUGGACGGACCUGAAGAGACAGCUCCAGGAGGAGAGGAUGAAGAAUAUAAACUUGGAGAAAGAAGUGAAGACCUUGAAGCAGGACAUACAGAUGAAGGACACACAGCUCCAGGAGGAGAAGAAGACAAAUACAAACUUGGAGAAAGAAGUGAUGACCUUGAAGCAGGACAUAAAGAUGAAGGACACACAGCUCCAGGUGCAGACACAGUUAAAGGACAGAGCUCAGAGUGAAGUGCAGACCCUGAAGAAUCAGCUGGAGACCAAGAGAAGAGAGGAGGCAGAGACCAAACGUCAACUGGAUACAAAGACCUCUGAGUGGAGGAAGCUGCAGACAGAGCUCCAGGAGGAGAAGAAGAAGAACACAAACUUGGAGAAAGAAGUGAAGACCUUGAAGCAGGACAUACAGAUGAAGGACACACAGCUCCAGGAGGAGAAGACGAAGAAUACAAAGUUGGAGAAAGAAGUGAAGACCUUGAAGCAGGACAUACAGAUGAAGGACACACAGCUCCAGGGUGAGAGGACAAAGAAUACAAAGUUGGAGAAAGAAGUGAAGACCUUGAAGCAGGACAUACAGAUGAAGGACACACAGCUCCAGGAGGAGGAGAUGAAGAAUAUAAACUUGGAGAUAGAAGUGAAGACCUUGAAGCAGGACAUACAGAUGAAGGACACACAGCUCCAGGAUGAACACACCAGGAGAGAAGAAGCUGAGAGACAAGUUCAGAGGAAGCGACAGGAGCUGCAGAAGAAGACACAAGAGCUCCAGGUGCAGACACAGUUAAAGGACAGAGCUCAGAGUGAAGUGCAGACCCUGAAGAAUCAGCUGGAGACCAAAAUAAGAGAGAUGGAAGGAAAACAACCUGAAACCAUCAGGCAGCUCCCACAGGGACAAGAGGAAGCUAAGAGUGAAGUGCAGACCCUGAAGAAUCAGCUGGAGACCAAGAGAAGAGAGUUUGAGAAGCAGCUCCAGGAUGAGAAGAAGAAGAAGACAGAGUUGGAGAAGAAACUGAAGACUUUGGAGGAAGAGCUGCAGAAAAAUAACACACAGCUCCAGGGUGAGAAGAUGAAGAACACAGAGCUGGAGAAAGAACUAGAGACCUUGAAGGAGGAGUCGCAGAACAAGGACAGACAGGGUGUGAGGAGAAGAGGAUGGAGUUUCUGGAGAAAAAGAAGACCUUAAAUGAGGAGCUGCAGAACAAAGACACACAGGAUAGCAGCUGAGAUUCUGGAAGUGACCUUGGAUCUGAGAGCAGCAGAGCGUAUCCAGAGAGCACCAUGAAGACAGCUAACAUCCAUAAUACCAACGAUAUACGCUGAAAUGUUAAACUGUACCACAAUUCAGGAAACUUGAAAACACAAAGCAUAUCAUAUACAUAAAGCACAACACACUCCUCUCCUGAAGAAAUUGAAUGUAUGUUGAUUUUUUAAAAAUGUUUUGCAUUGAAAAACUCACAAAAUAUGUUGUGUUGUCAAAUGCAGGGUUUUAUUCUAUUUUUGUGCUUCACGUUGUGUUUGUGAAGCGUGACUUGAAGUUUUGAUGCAAUAUAUAUUUUUUUACAAAGAAACCACCUCUAGUUUAUCAGUAAAAACUCAAACAUUUGAUUCUGAAAUCCCCCAAACUCAGAUUUAUAUCAAAGUGUACUGCAGAGAAAUGACUCUGCUGAUGGCUUUGUCUCAGAGGGUCAUGAACGUUUCAUAAAGUGUUUAGAAUCAUUUAAGCUCCAUGAAUUGUUCAGAAUAACUCCAUGGUGUAACACAAAUGUAAGUUUGAUGAGGUCGUAUCAGUGUUGUCAUGUUUCUACAGCAAAAUAAUCAGAGAUUCUUGUUAUUGUGUGUUUUGUAUCAAA